GAAGCUGACAAUCUUCAAACCAACAUUGAUUUAUGGAAUGAUGAUAUGAAAAAAUUAGCAAAAUCAGAAGUUAACAAUAGAGUGAACAUGCAUAAUCUAGAAAAUGCGGUAAUAAGUAUGGGCAUAUUGGCUGGGAUUCAGCACUUUAAAACAUAUAAUUCCCAAUUGUUGAUUUCCCAACAAUAUGCCGACAUGGUGUUUGAUUCGGCAGAACAAGAACAAAAGAGAAAAGCAGAUGAAAAUAAUGAGAAAGCCUCUCCUCGCGAUCAUACAUCUCCUUUACGUGACGAUUUUUUUGAUGGUUAUAGUGAAAGUGAGGCGGAUGAUAGCGGAAUAAUUAAAUGGGAAUUUGACAGUGCAAUUCCAAUAUGGCUUGAAAAAGGAAUGCUGUAUCAUAAAGAAUUAAUUUCGGAAGAAGAUGAGGAUAAAAGAGUCAAAGACUCAACAAAGUCGAUAUGGUGGAGAAUUAUAGAUGGAUCAGAUUUAGAUGUAACUAGAGAAUAUCUUUCAGAAGAAGAAUUUUUAGAAUUACAAGAAAUUUUAGCCAAUGCGCUCAAAUUAGAAACUACAAUUAAUGAUUGGAAAAUAUUGAAAUCACAAGCAUAG